AUGACCUCCCGCAUCCCACUCCCCCUGCGACUGGUGCAGUCUGAGUUGUGGACAGCCACGGCGAGCGGCAGGAGCAGCGCCGGCUCCCGUGUCCUGACUGCGUACAAACCGAGCGGCCUCCCAUGCUAUGCCACGUCGCAGGUGAGCGCUGUGGCCGCCAGCGGCGGCGAUGGGCGCCGCCUCUGCGCCAUUCACACACGACACGCAUCCUCUGCUUCUUCCUCGGCAACUGCUGUAGAGGCGGGGCCACAGCCGCACCCUGAAGACCCCAGCGACUCCCUCCUUACCCGUGUCGUGGACACCGCGCUUCCGGGCUGCGCACCGUACGUGGCACUGCCGGUUGUCUCGUCCCUCCUGCGCCGCGGGGGUAAAAACACCGUCGCAGCCGCGCAGCUGAACCAGUGGACCAGUCGCCACAAAGGUCUUGUGGUGGUGGCAGCGUCGCCGAGCGAUGCCUUGUUCCUUCGCAACGCCGCACAGCUCGACCUCGUGCAGCAGACGUACCGGGUGGUGUGUCGCCUACCACCAGGCGUUGCCGCGGCAACGCGGCGGUCUUUGCGCGCGCAUCACAACUACCAGCACUCGCGACGGGCGAGCGAUGGGGUCUCUACGGCGAAGGGGAUGCUGAACCCAUACGUGCAGGCGCACAUGGAGCGACGGCGUCAGCAACGGCAGCUCGCCGACCUUACAAUCGGCAUUCCGCUGAGCGCCGAGUUUCCUGCGGCCACAGCGGAGGCUACAGCAACUGCGGUGUCGGCGCUUGCAAGUGAUAUCCGGCUUCCGGCAAGCGUGCACCCGCACCCGCUCGUCGACGGGGGCUUCUUUGAUGUGGGGCGUGCGCAGCUUCGCGUGCAAGGCACGGUGAGGUGCUAUAUACGGACUCAGGCGCCCCUGACGGCAUCCUCGGCAGCGCGCGUGCACCAGCGGUCGCGGCUGCAGAACCUUUUUUCCGCCCCACAUGGUGUCACGCCUGGCCACGGCAGCGGCGCAUUCCGUCCCGACGAGGAUGUGAGCGAGUCCCAGCACCCCUGGAUGCGGCCGGGGUGGCGCCUCGGCGUCUCCCUUGAUAUACCGCACAUGCAGUGCGACGUAGCAGCAGCGGGCGGCGACAACGUUGAUCACCCCCGCCGCACGAGCGUUCCGGCGCCACGGGGCAAGUCGCUGUCGAUGGAAUUCCGUUUAGUGUCCCUGUCCCCGCGCGACGACAGCGAUGUGGCGUUGUACGAGGUGUACACCCACGGCGACACCACCGCCGACGAGGUGGCCGCGGUGUUCCAGGCAGAGGGCCUGCGAGUGGUGAAUGACUACGUGCAAGAUGUGCCGUUGGCAAUAGCAGUGGAGGAGGUGGCAGCGUGCAUGCGGGCGGCUCCACCUGGCCUGCUGCACGAGCUCCCACUGGGGCUGCAGCACCGCCUUCGCUCGGCGACGGCAGAGGAGUUGGUGGCACUGCCUCUGAUGAGGAUGCCACUCGAGGAUGCCGAUCUCCUUGCUGCGCAGCACACACUCCUGCAGCUGUCCUCACUCUCGCCAUCGCUGCCGUUUGCCGACGAUGUGGAGCGGCUGCGGCAGGUGGUGAUGACCGCGGUGUCGUCCGCUAGCGGCAGCGCCCGCCACCCCCUCCAGCGUCUCCUCCUAAACGCUCUCUCGUCGUUGCGGCUGACAAACGAGGCGGAGCGCCGCGUGUACGAGCAGGUACUUGCGUUGACUCUCGGCACCGGCGUCGAGUGCGCUGGCGUUGUCUUCCCAGACCCAUCGGACGCAGGGAACGUGCAUGCCUUGCAGCACCUUUGGCUCACCUAUGAGCAGCAACGACAGCGACAACCGUCGUUGGCCGAUGCGGUGCGCGCGGCGCGACAGCACCCGCUUGCCUCUUCGCUACGGUACACCACCCGCAGCGUCCUCAACGAUCCUGCUGGGCUGACCCGCGUGCCGCUCCUCCAGGAUGUGGCGAUGGGCUUCGCGUCAGGGGGCGCUGCAGAGUCGUUGAGUGCGCGUGAUUGCAACGGUAACGUUCCUGGCGGUCGCGGCGAGUGCAGCUUCACCCAGGCAGCUGAGCUGCUCAGCGGGCUCUCUCACUCGCAGAAUGUCGGGGCAGGGCGCCGGUUAUCCGACGACGAGGCACACGAGAGGACAGAAUGUGCUCUGACGCAUCUCAAUGACGUGGCGUCGCGAUGGAUGCAGACUGAGGUUCCACCGCCUUAUGCGACGGCCUUUCAAGAGUGGUGCGCCGCUUCCCUGGCUCCGUCGUGCUGCACCGAAAGGGCUGCCCCUGAUGCGAGUGUUGCCACGCUCUUUCCAUCACCUGAGAGCUUGUUACGGCGCUGCAACGUCCCAGGCACAUCGAAAGAGCGUGGAUCCGACCCUGACGCGGAAAGCCGUCGCGUGAGCAAUGGCGGCGGCCACGCAGCAGCGCCAUCGCGGGAGACGCUACGGGAGCAUGUCCGCCUUCGAGUGCGUGUGUUCCUGCGUGUGGAAGAGCUGGCAGAGUUGCGGUGCGCGUACUGUGGAGGGGUGGGACACACGUGGCAGCACUGCGUCGCGCGCGUCGCAGAGGCUGUGGCUGUGGUGGAGGAUGACGGUCUGGUGGCCAAAUCGUUGCCACUCCCCGAGAACAACGCAGGCACUGCUGUUGGCUUACCUGUCUCCGAGCCCCCGCCGGCUCCUCUGGGGACUUCGGUGAUGGACAGUGAAGUCAUUACCUCGACCGACGACGCCGCGGCUGCACUCGCGGAGCAGGCGAAUGCUCUCAGGCGGCAUCGCCAGCAGCAGCAGCAACAUGUUGCGAGGAUCGGCUGCGGUGAUGUUGCCUCUGCGUCGCUGUUAGCGUCGUCGGCCUCAUUUGCAGUCGACGCCCCGCUCAUUGCCGUGCCCAAUGUCGCUGCAACGCACCGCUACAAGGCUGACCACGCCUUGCGCAGCGAGUCCCGCAAGCCUGCCGUGCACCGUCGUGUGAUGCGGUGCGUGUACUGCGGUGGCCGUCAUCACGUGACAGCGUGUCCGAUGCUGCGGGCGCAGGAUAGCGAGUCCGAGGCGCGUCGUGCCGACGCUGCAGCCGCCACUUCGCCAGGCUCAACGCCUUCGCUGUCGUCUGCGCACCACAGCGGGUCACCGCUCUUCUGCAUCAAGUGUGGACAAAGCGGCCACCUCUAUACGCGCUGCCGCGAGGUGCCGGUGGACCUUCACCACGCAACGCACUGCCCCAUCUGCCUGCAGCCGCGCACCAGCGCGUCGCACGAUCCAGCGCAUUGUCCUCGGCGGGUGCCCGUGCCAGACGGCUACCGACUCAACGGGAUACCAGGAGGGGAGGAGGGCAGCACUCAACGUGACGCAUCCCCUUGGCAGUCAUUGAGCCAGCCACGGGCGCAUUCGGACGACGGUUGUCGUCCAGCGACGGCUGACGGACAGCCGUGGCGGGGCAGCACACAUGUUGGCGGGGUGUCUCGCCGCCACCGACGCCGCGCCUCUGUGUUAAUAGCCGACAGUUUUGUUGACAGCAGGUGA